UUAAACUUUGCUUUUCUCCUUUCAGGUCUUGGGCUAGAUUCAGAUAAUGAACUUCCCAAUCAGUUCAGUUACUACGAAUGGCCCAAGAUGAAGAAAAAAAUUGCAUCCGUAUUUGCACAGAAGACACAAGCUGAGUGGUGCAGCAUAUUUGAUGGUACUGAUGCCUGUGUGACCCCUGUUUUAUCCUUUGAUGAAGUUGCCUCACAUCAGCAUAACAAACAAAGAAGUUCUUUUAUCAGAAAUGAUCAGGAAGAGAUAAGUCCUAGACCUGCUCCUCUUCUGUCAAGGACCCCUGCUGUUCCAUCAUUUAAAAGAGAUCCUUUUAUAGGAGAACACACAGAAGAGAUACUUCUAGAAUAUGGAUUUACUAAGGAAGAGAUUGCUAAACUGUAUUCUGAUAAAGUAAUAGAAUUCAGUAUACCAAAAGCUAAAUUAUAA